UAUUCAUCAAAGAAAUCUGAAAAAAAAAAGAAAUCUGUUCAGCUAUUUUCAAUAAUGUUUUUGAGCAGCAAAUCCGAAUUAUUUCUGAAGGAUCAUGUGACUAGAGUAAUGAUGUUAAAAAUCACAGGAAUAAAUUACAUUUUAAAAUAUAUUCAGAUAGAAAACAGUUAUUUUAAAUAGUAAAAAUAUUUAAAAAAUGUACUGUUUUUGCUGUAUGUUGGAACAAAUAAAUGGAGGCUUUGUGAGCAGAAAAUACUUAUUUAAAAAACUUUUGACUGGUAGUGUAUGCACUGACUAAUAACAGUUGUUUAUAAUACGUUAUUCAUUCAUGUGUUUAUUGUAUCAUAAAUGUAGUGGUAUAAUUUUGUCCUAGGGAAAUUUGUUUUCCUACCUUAUCAAAAUGAUCAAGAUACUUUGAAAGCAAGCAUACAGUUUUCCACAAACAACUAAAUUGCAUUGGUUUUUUUUGUUUUUUGUUUUCUGAAAACACAUUAAUCAUACGGUGGUUUUUGUCAGCACUGCUCUGUGGUUAUGAGUAAGUGCUGAGAUGAUGGCUAAAAAAGGAAGUGAAGAACUGGGGGAUAAAAUCAGCUUCCGCUUGUUUUACUUUAAAAAGAUGAAUGUUGGACUGUCACAACACACUCGUGAGCUGACAAGACUGCUGACAAAUAAAAGGUUAGUAAAAUGAUGAUUAUUCAAGCUAAACUGCUUCAACUGGCAGAAGGACUACGACAGGUCUGGUCCAAAAUAUGUGGUCUCUACACAACCAACGCCACAAAAAGCUGGAAGGAAAAACUUCUCCUUCUGUUGACCUGUUUUUCCACCAGCCUCAUCCUGAGCACUUUCCUCUUCCUCGUCCUCCACUUUUCCUUCAGAUGCGUUCAGGAGAUCUCACUUCCCUUCACUUGUGUUUUUUGUAUAAGCUUAACACCAGCGAUGUAUUUCUCAGAAAGGAUCCGCUGUUUCGGAGCUUUGGUUUUGAUCUCGAUGGGUAUGAAACAAGUGAAGAGCCUUCUUCUCACCUUAGGAACCAGUUCGGUGAUUUUCUUCAACAUCCAGAACACAUUACAGAACAUGAGGCUGCUUGCAAAAGGCCUCCUCUGCAACUUGGAGGAUAAGUUAUUGGAUAUUAACACAGAACCCCUCGGGAAUUAUAUUAAAAUGUUGAAGUGGGUGGGAAAGCAACUUAAAAAUUACUUUGGGAACUUUCAGUUAGGGAGUUAUCAUGCUAAUUUUACACUUAAAGCAAAGGUGGACUCGGAAGACUUCAAGAUUCACCUCCGCGAGGCCGAACAGGCUUUAAACCAGACCGCGCAAAACGUGUUAGCAUUGACCAGCGCUUUGUCGUCAGUAGUCAAGAUAUUGUCUCCAGCAUUAGGUCUUUUAUUUCUUGUACUUCUCACUGCUCUUUACCUGAGAAGAUUCCACGCAGACAAAAAGUACAACAACAUAUACAUCACGCAAACUUUCCGUUGUUUUGACGAGCGGCAGAAGGAGAAGGGGAAACUGUCUGUCCUUCCGCUCACCAAAAGCGAAUCGGAUCUUUACAUAGUGACUCCAUCCAUUCGUCCGACGGGUCGGCGGUGGAAAGCCAUGCUCAAGUUCAGUCUUCCAAUAUUCACUCAUUGUCUCACCUGGCUGGUGUUUAUUAGUCUAGACGGCUUGGUUUACUGGCUUAUUGUAGUUCUGAACAAGCGACUCGGGGAAAUGGAGCCACUUCGUGUUCCUGUGGGGAUAGAAGUUCAGGAGGCCACAGUAUUUCUAGGUUUACCUGUUGAAGAAAACGCAAAAGGGGAAAACUUUUCCUACACGGUGUCUCUGUUCGAGAAGAAGUGUUUGCCUGAACCGGAACUGUGGCUUUAUCAGUCUCUGGUUCCUCUUUCUGUCGUCCUGGCCUUGCUGGUUGUUCUGAUUCUGCUGUCAUCACAGAUGAUCCAGCUCAGGGUUGUGCUAUCUGAGCGGUUCUUCUCAGAUGUCGCAGAGAGAAGAGCUGCAUAUCUACAUGCAAAGAUUUUAAGAAAGCGGGGGAAAACUAAAGCAGAGCAUGAAGGAGCUCUGAAGACUUUAGCCAUGCAGGUUAGUCACACAUUUUCUAGUAAACAUAUUCAAACAUCUUUAAAACAGUACAUUUAUGAAGUUUCCUGUUUUUAUUGCAGCCCAGUUUUUGGUGCCCCUUACUCUUCCAUAAGCAGAGGACAAACCUUGAUGCAGUAAAUAUGCUUUGA